GCUGGACCCAUUCAGAAGAAAGAGUAGAAAAAAGGACUGACAGCACGGACACACCACAGACGGUGAAGUAUGCCGGUGGUGAACGUCUUCUGCUGCGGAGCGCUGGUGCUCUGCUGGACCUGUGCAGCACUGACAGUUUCUCAUCCCUCCCCUCACCUUGCACCGUGCUACGUGGAUGACAUAUUUGCAGCACUGCGUGAAGGUGUGGGGGCCGACGGUGAACUCGCAAGCAGCAGUUUUGCUCUGUUUGGGGUCUGCGCAGUGUCUGACAGUUCAUCGGGAUCAGUCUUACUGGAGCUCGCCAAGGAAACGAGCAGAAGCCAGAGAAGAGGUUUGGAGGUUUUGCAUCCAACUGGAGUGCUUGUGACUGAGGAAGAUGACAGAGGAGCUCUGGAGUUGACCUUUGACCUGCCUCAGUCUCCUCUGCUCAGGCUGAGCCCCGUGCUGCUCCUGGCGUUUCAAAGUCCACUUAAAGGUGACGACCUGAACGUGACUUUCUCUAGUCUGUCUUUGCAGCCUCACACACAGUCUGUGUGCAUUUCAGCAGAAACACAGUACAUACUGCUGACAGGAAACGCAUCAGACGCCAGCUUUGUUCAGAAAUGGAGGAUUUCUGUCGAGGCCAAGUCCCCUGAUCUGAAGCCGAACCUUAAAGACAUGCUCAUUGGUGAGAAAUUAGGAAGUGGCAUCAAUAUAUCUCCACUUCUGCUUUUCUCUGGGGGAACUGAGACAAGACGUGUUUCAGGAUCAACCUCCUCCUCGUCACAGACCUUCUCCUUCCUGUGUGAGCUGAGGCGCUUCCUGUGCGAUGUCUUGCCUCAGGACCGCCCUGAGUCCCCUCAGCUCCAGCUGGACUCCCUACAGUCCAUGCCCCAGCUAUCGCUGGGCUUGUCCUCCAGCGAGACCCUGCUGGCGGGGCUGAUCAACUCCUCGUCCCCCACCGUCUUCUCCUUCUCUCGAUGGGGCUCCAUGCUUCAGGUGCAUCAUGGACAGUUGGCUCUGUCUCCUUCUCUGUUGGAGGAGCUCAGGCAGAGGGUGGAGCAGACUGAGAUGCAGAUGAUGGAGGUGAUAAGGGGAAAGGAGGUGGGUAGCAGGGCCACAGAGAGGCUGGGGAGGCUCAAAGAACUCAGUGCGUUACCAGAGAAGGAACCGGCAGCAGGAGAGAGCCAGUACCGCGCCUUUCUUCUCCUGAAGGCCCUGCAGACGGUGACCCGUACCUACGAGCUGCAGAUAGGAGUGCGGAACACCAGAGCGGGCUCCAAUGACCCGGCGAGGGGCAACAUCUGCAGCCUGAGGAGUCUCACCGUGUCCCUCGAGAGGCAUCUUGUGGGGCCAAACACGGCCGUCAUCAACAACUGCCGAGGCUCUUGCACGUUCCCCCUGUUCAACGCCAUCAACCAUGCCGUCCUGCUCAACUCCCACAUCGAGAGCGAGAACGUGGACGAGCGCGCCCCGUGCUGCGUGCCUGUGGCCUACGAGGCCCUUGAGGUGGUGGACUUGAACGAACAUGGUACUUAUCUCUCCGUUAAACCAGAUGUUGUGGCAAAGGAGUGUGGAUGCCGCUAAAGCUGUUUUUGGAGACUAUUCAUGACACCAAAGAAAUUUUAGUUGUUUAAUAGUAACUGUAGCUUGUUAGAUGAAGUAAGUGUCAUAUGCACAGUGUUAAUACACAUAUUUAUUCAGGGAGGUCUUUUUAAUAUGUUGGAGUAAAUGCACACAGCAAAAUGUUCCUCUCACUCACUACUAACAAGAUUUAUUGAAAACUAAAAUAUACAUGUUAACAGAUAUUUGAUGUUAUGAUUCAAGUAUCAGUAUUAUCAUCUUCCACUGUUUGUAAAUCUAUCUUAAGAAGUUCUCUGAAAAGACAUUGUUCAAUCAAAUUAAAAAGCACAUUUUGAAGGAGUGUUUUGAAAUAUUGAUUUAAUAUGAUAAAUAUUUCUGAAUAAAUAUUUUUUUCUCUGACAUAUAAAUUAAUAUGUUACAUUUUCUAUCCUUAUAUCAUUAAAUUGAAAGUGUAA